GUAGAAAAAAACCCUGUUUUCCAAGUUCCCCUUGUUUCUGCCUCUUCCAUUCUCUUCCUCUCCGCUGAUGGCGAAAAAGAGAAAGGUUGGCGAUGAGGUAGGCAUGUCCGUCACUGAACCUGAUUCGAACGAUGAGGAGGGAACAGAAGAAGAUGUAGAGGAGGAAGAGGAAGAGGAAGAAGAAAAAGAAGAAGAAGAAGAAGAAGAAGAAGAAGAAAAAGAGGAAGAAGACCCAACGAAGCUGCUGGAGCCUUUCAACAAAGAACAACUCAUCGACCUCCUUCGCAUGGCGGCCGCUAACGAUCCGAAAAUACUCGAAGAAAUCCACCGAAUCGCCGACCGUGAUCCUGCUCACCGUAAGCUUUUUAUCCAUGGACUUGGAUGGGAGACUACCUCUGAAAAGCUCUCUGAGUUCUUCUCUCAGUAUGGCGAACUCGAAGACUGCAACGUCGUCGUGGACAAGGUCACUGGUAAAUCCAAAGGUUAUGGAUUCUUGCUCUUCAAGCACCGUCAAAGCGCUCAAAAAGCCCUUAAAGAGCCUCAGAAAAAGAUUGAGUCUCGAAUGACUGCUUGCCAGCUUGCCUCCGCCGGUCCUGUCAAUAUGUCCCAUUCGAAUUCAGUUUCGCAUACGCAGCAGACGCAGCAUCCCUCACAAGAUACCCUACCGAGGAAAAUUUAUGUCGGUAAUGUGCAUUCAGAUAUUCCCGCUGAUCAAUUACACGCUUUCUUCUCCAAGUAUGGGGAAAUCGAAGAGGGUCCUCUAGGGUUUGAUAAACUGACGGGAAAAUCCAAGGGUUUUGCUCUUUUCAUCUAUAAGACCGUGGAAGGGGCGAGAAAGGCUUUAGAAGAACCGAACAAGAGUUUCGAUGGGCACCAAUUGUAUUGCCAGAAAGCGACCGAUAGCCACAAACAAAGGUCUGCUGCUGCCCCCACCACCGGAGGCAGCGGGACCACCCCUGGGAAUGUUCCGGGUGGUGGUGGCUUUAAUAAUUCCACAGGUUAUGGCUUCAAUGCACACGGUGGUGCUGGUUUUGGAGCACACGGUGGUACUGGUUUUAGUGCUCCAGAUGGGGCUAUGGCUCAGCAGGCUUCGGCCGCUCAAUUCUUAGGUCAGGGGCUACUUGGUGGAAACCUUCCGUUUGGUCCCGGGGUUCCUCCAAAUCAUCAGGCGGUGCUUGCUGUAUUGGCUGCUGCUGGGCAGAAUCCAGCUGCAUUUGGAGUAAAUCCUGCUGUUCUUGCAUCGUUGAAUCCAGCUUUUGCAGCUGCAAUGAAUUCGGCUCCACCACCUGUUGCACCUGCAGCACAAUCGACAAUGCCACAGGCAAUGCCGGGAUUUGGAAUGGGGAAUCCUGGUUAUCAGAACCAACAAGCUUAUCAAGUCAAUAACUCUUAUCAGAGUGGCCCAAUGGGACAGGGUCAUCAACCUAGGCCACAUUCUGCCGUUGGGCCAAUGGGAGGAUAUGGUGCUCGCUAGGUUUAAAUACAAUAUGGCCUAUCUCGCACCACCUGAUCACAUGAUCAAUUCGCACACUCGAUGACGGAUGAUGCCGUCAUAGUGAAUGAGGAGAUUCUCCGAUCAGAUUCUGAAUCUUGGACCAAUAAUUCCCACGUGUUCAAGUCUAUCGAGGAGAACUUCCCUCACAAUUUUCCACUGUAAGACAUUCUGAGCCACUUUUUCCUGGUUAUCCUUCUUAUUGUUUUUGCAUUUGAAUGCAUUUAAUCAUUCAGAUAUCUAACUGCUGGUGCCUAUGUUAUCUAAUUGUCAUAUAAAAUAUUUGUUAAGCGAGACUUCUAUCUUACAAUCUUGGGUACU